GUUUAGCAUGAUAUACGGAGAGAACUCGCGCGCUCACUUGCACCACACGUUGGGUUUUGAGUGCAGCGUGCCUGACGGGAGGAGGCAGCAUGAGGUCUAUGAGAGAUACGUUGGCCAUGAGGGGUAUGAGUGCUACACACCCAACAUGCCGCCUGAUUUCAACUUCUGCGAAAAAUUCCUCAUCAACUGGGCCAUUGGUAGUGAGGGGGAAAUGCUACCUGACCACGUCGGUUUUCCCUCUGGGCGAAGAUCACGGGGGGUCCACUUACCUGCUCUUCCAGACGCACUACGACAACGCCCGUUAUGCGAGAGAUAUCACGGUGGAAUGGGGGAUGAAGAUCUAUUAUACUGAUAAGAUAAGGGAAAAGGACGCCGGGAAUCUCGCCGUGGGUCACUCUAUCGUCUUCUCCCUGACGGUGCCGCCCAGGAGGUUAGACUGGGUUACGGCAGGUCACUGUUCGUCAGACUGUACUCGGGGCAAUAUUCCUGAAGAUGGAGUUAAUGUCUUUAUGGUUUUCCUUCAUGGUCACUAUACAGCUCGCAACAUCAAACUGCGACAUUUCCGAAACGGCCGUGAACUGGCGCCACUUGGGGAGGACAAGAACUUCGACGCCAAUUUCCAACAGGCAAGAAUUUUGAGCGAGCCGGUGAAGAUUUACCCUGGAGAUCACCUGACUGUUGAGUGCCGCCAGGACAGCCGCGACCGCCCGAAUGCCACCUUCGCCGGGUGGGGUGCCAGGGACGAGAUGUGCCACGCCUUCCUCAGCAUGUGGCCCAGGAUCCCCAUGGCUGCCUGCAGGUCCUCGCCCCAUCUGGCAACGCUGAGAGACGCCUGGGGGAUCAAGUCCUUCCCGCGUGACCUCGACCUGUACAAGUACGAGUUCGACCCCUGGCUCGGCAACCAAGGCGGAAUCAACUACCAGAAGUACAUCAACGGCUUGGCUUGGGACAAACUCAACUUGGAAAAGAUCAACGAGAAACUGCGCCGAGGUCUUCAUUCCAACAAGUGUCAGUACAACUACGGCAUGAAGAUUGAGAUGGCACGCGAGGUGACCAAAUAUCCGCCGGUGCCAGACUACGUGGAGCCAGUCGAGAGCAAGUGCCGCAGAACCCCUGAUGCCUCUGUCUCUGCUGGCACUGUUACCGGCGUAGGUGCCAGGAAUGCCCCUGCUCUGCUCGGAACAGCUGUCGCUCUCAUGUGGCUCUUUGCGAUGGUCUAACAUGUAUGGCGUCAUUUGUGGGUUUCUUGCAACAGAGCUUAGUUUGUUAUUUUGAACUGUACAAAUAUGCAUCGCGUAGGCCCAUGUGCAUAGACUUGCACGCAAGAAAAAACACAAGAAGUACAUACACCCUCGGAUACAUGCACAUACAUAAUUAUACGCACAUAUAUACACUCAUAUAUACAGUAUAUACGUAUAUGUGUGUGUACACACACACACAC